CCUUUUUGCUGAAGCUUUGCUAGAGGUGGAAGGUGGUGGAGGAAGAUGGCAGCUAUGGGCUUCCGAGUGAUGUGUCUGUUGUGCCUUGUGGUGCUUGUCGGUGUCGGCCUUACAGCGGCUGCAGAAGGAAAAAAGAAGAAGAAAGAUAUUCGAGACUAUAAUGACGCGGACAUGGCCAGGCUGCUGGAGCAAUGGGAGGAAGAUGAUGAUAUCGAGGAGGGGGACAUGCCUGAGCACAAAAGACCUCCGGCCCCAGUGGAUUUGUCAAAGAUUGAUCCAAAUAACCCAGAGACUGUAUUAAAAAUGACCAAGAAAGGCAAAACACUGAUGAUCUUUGCUACAGUGUCAGGGGAGCCAACAGAAAAGGAAACUGAGGAGAUCACCAGCCUGUGGCAGGGCAGCCUGUUUAAUGCCAACUAUGAUAUCCAGAGAUUCAUUGUUGGCUCAGACCGUGUGAUUUUCAUGCUGCGUGAUGGAAGUUUCGCUUGGGAGGUUAAGGACUUCCUUGUAAGUCAGGAGCGUUGUGCUGAUGUGACUGUGGAAGGCCAAGUGUAUCCUGGCAAAGGAGGAGAUGGCAGCUCAAAAUCCAACAAUCAGAGCAAACCGCAGAAAAAGAAAAAUGGGGAAAGUAAAAAGGAAAAGUCAUCCAAAGAAAGUAACAGAGCGUCCUCACCAAAGGAGGAUUUAUGACAUCCCCUGGAAUACCAUGUUUGGAUUGGACUUUGAGUUUUAUACUUAUCUGAUGAUGGCGAACAAACUGCUUUGAAAACAAUUGUCCUGUUAUUGGAGACCAUUCUAUUCCCUGCUGCUCUCUGUUUCAUAUAUGUAGGGCACAGCUUGGCCAGGCCAGUAAGCAUCUUGCUUUCCCAAUAAAUGUAAUAUGUGAUGUAAGACUGUGCCACUGUGAAUGAGCCCUAAACUACAAAGUCUAUUGUCACUGGGCACCUACCAGGCAGUUUUCAUAUUAAAACAUAUUUACACAAAGUGCAAACGAAUGGAUGGUGAAUGAUUUACUGGGUAAAUAAAAAACUUGCUUCCUUAGCUAGUAAGAUUGUGCUAGAACAGUGUCCGCUUUUUAUUAACUUGAUUGGAUACUACAGUCACAGUGUAUUCUUUUUACUAUAUAUGUUCAUUAAUGCAGGUAAAGAUUUUUUUGUAAAAAGCUGUGCAUGAUGGAGGUUGCAAACAAUACACACAAUUUGUAUUUUGAUCAUGUCCCUUUCAAAACAAUUUUGCCACUGGUACAUUGAAUGUAUUGAUUAUAUGUUACAUUUUGUUGCCCUGCUUCCAAUAACUUUCUUCAAUACAGAUUUUAUACACA